GUGAAUCUGUAGUUACAAAAUGGCGGUAUUUUGAAGCACAGCGAGCAUCCCGUUUAAUUUUGUUCCCUUUUACAAUGCAAGUAGGCUGUUAUUAGAUUAACUGAAGACGUUCAACUCCAAAAACUCUGGUUGAUUGAUGUGAGUUAUCAACAUGGAUGAUGAUUUGGAUUUUACUGAUGAAGAGAUACGUGAAGAACUGUCAAAACUGGGCUAUUAUGAUAUAGCUCCCUCAAGAUUGCAACAAUUUAAAACAGACUUGGAGAGACUUGUAAGAUUUGACCGCAGUAAGAACAGCUCACAGGAGGGCAGCCUCUUAAGUCCAGAACAGUUUCGUGGAGAUGAAAGUUUCAGAUCACAACCCUACAUUCACAAGGAAAGGAUUCCAUUAGAAGGAACAGCUUUUCCUGACAGAAACAGAACUAAAGCUUCUGUGCCCAGCUAUCUUCAUGAUGUACAUGGUAAGGAGAAUCUAUGUUCUGAUCAGGAGGAUGGAGAGAGACUGAUAUCCUACAGUAACAGAGUGGGCGCUCAUGGAGACCCCUCAGGGAGCAGGUUUAUCAAAAUACCACAGAUAAAUGACAAUUUGUCAGAGACGGACUCUGAAAGGAGAUACAUGCGACGGAAAAUAUUAAGGAAAGGUAGUGAUGGAUCAAAGAUAAUAGACGAAUCUGUGACAGAGAGUGAAGUGGGUAGUUUAGCAGAUAUAGAGGAACGGUUAAAAGAGGUUCGGCUGAGUUAUUACACGUUAAACCACCGUGGUGAGAGGACGAGGCCAGCUUCAGCCCCACCUGCCCAGGCCCCAUACAGAUUAGACCCUGAUGACCCCAGGCCAGCCUCCGUUAUUCUAAGGUCAGCUGACCACCCUCAUACCCGUAACCUGAGGAAGUGUGACCCUGUUGCCAGAGGUCAGCAGUUCCGACAGUCAUGGGCAGCCAAUCGUGUACCAGGAGAGAAAGCUCACAAGAGACUACGCUGGAAUGUCCGAGAACAGAUGUUGUGUCGUGACACAAUGGAGUAUAAAAGACCACAAAAGACCUAUGUUCCCAACUCCUAUGUAGUUCCCACAGAGAAGAAACGUUCAGCUCUAAGGUGGCAAGUGCGAAUGGACAUAGCACAAGGAAAUGUCCCAUUGACUGACCUACCAGAGGAUUUCUGAUAAUCAGCAAAGGAGAAUGUUAAACUGUACGAGGGGAGCGAAACUAAAUCAUAGGGAAAGGAAAUGAAAGAAGGGCUCUGGGUGGGUGCAUGUUGGAAGGUCACAUCAUUUGAGUCCACUAACCAAAUCUUCUAUUUAUAAAUAUCUGUAAUUUUUAGAGUUGUACAUAAAGCAAUUUGUGACUCCACAUUUCUUAAUUGUAUUUAUAUGCGUCUUUCUGUGUACAGUUGAUGUGCCUUUAUAUGUAGUUUUGUCUUGUAUAACAUCUUUAUGAUUUCAGUGUACAUAAUAAAAGCCCUGAACAG